UCAAGCUCAUUGACUCUAUUAUUGGUCUUUUUUGUUGCUUCCUCUAUAUAAAAGACUCCAUUGGUCAUAUGAUUCUGUGGCGGAAAUGGCUCUGGCAGUUAGAUAUUUUGAGCUCAACACAGGGGCUAAGAUGCCCUCGGUAGGGCUAGGAACUUGGCAGGCUGCUCCUGGAGUUGUCGGCAAUGCCGUUGCUAUUGCUAUUAAGCAUGGAUACCGGCAUAUCGAUUGUGCUCAACUCUAUGGGAACGAGAAAGAGAUUGGUUUUGUUCUAAAGAAGCUUUUUGAAGAUGGUGUGGUGAAGCGUGAAGAUCUUUGGAUUACCUCCAAGCUCUGGAACACUAAUCAUGCACCAGAAGAUGUACUAGAGGGAUUGAAUGGUACCUUGCAAGACUUGCAGCUGGACUAUCUAGAUCUCUAUCUUAUUCAUUGGCCCGUCAGUAUGAAAAAGGGAGCAGUUGGCUUUAAACUCGAGGACCUAACGCAACCUGACAUACCCAGUACAUGGAGAGCAAUGGAGGCACUCUAUGACUCUGGGAAGGCUCGAGCUAUUGGAGUAUGCAAUUUCUCUUCGAAGAAGCUUGGAGAUCUGUUGGAGGUGGCUCGCAUUCCUCCCGCUGUAGUCCAAGUGGAAUGCCAUCCCGUAUGGCAGCAGCCUAAGCUACAUGCAUUAUGUAAAUCUAAGGGAAUUCAUUUAACUGGGUUUUCACCAUUGGGUUCCCCAGGCACAGGAACUGUUAAGAUCGAAGUUCUCAAGAAUCCAGUGCUGAUUAUGGUUGCAGAGAAAUUGGGCAAGUCCCCUGCUCAGGUUGCUCUCCGCUGGGGGCUGCAAAUGGGUCACAGUGUUUUGCCUAAGAGUACAAAUGAAGUGAGGAUCAAAGAAAACUUCGAUGUUUUUGAUUGGUCUAUACCCGAAGACUUGUUUGUCAAGUUUUCUGAAAUUGAGCAGGAGAGGCUGAUCAAAGGCGUUUUCUUCGUCCACCAAACAUAUGGUGCAUACAGGAGCGUUGAAGAACUAUGGGAUGGUGAGAUAUGAAAAUACAUGGGAGUUUGGUAGCCUAGCCUAAUGAUCAAGCAAAGUUACCACUAGUUGUACUAAAAUAAGAAAAAUGCUGUAGCAGAUUUCAUUGUUGGUAUGCUGAUACUUGAUUAAGUACUAGUACUAAAAUAAGUGAAGCAGCAGUAUACCAUGUGGGUGUAACUUCUAUUGCCUCGAGUCAACAGCUUGAUAAUAUAACUUCCAAUGUUAUUUGGAUGAA